CGUGUACAGCGAACGGAAGUGAAACUGUACCAUUGACGUAGCUACAAAUAUUUCUUUUUGUGGCUACAAUUUUCAUAACUUCAGCACAGCUGUGUGAAGCAACAGAAACAAUGGAGUCUCUUUAUCAUCAGACAAACAAGCAAAUCCAUGAAGUCCAGUCCCAGAUGGGGAGACUGGAGAUGACGGAUCGGCAGGCAGUCCACUUGCUGGAGAAUGAGCUGCAGGCCCGCAUCGAUCAGAUCUUCACCCACCUGGAGCGCCUGGAGAUCCUGGCCGGCAAAGAACCUCCCAACCGCAGACAGAACGCCAAACUUCGUGUUGACCAGCUGAAGUAUGAUGUCCAGCACAUGCAGACGGCCCUGCGGAACUUCCAGCACAGACGCUACGCCCGCGAGGCCCAGGACCGGGAGAGAGAGGAGCUGAUGAGCAGAACCUUCACCACCAACGAUGCAGAUACCUCCAUUCCUAUAGAUGAGACCCUACAGCUGAAUUCCAACCUGCAUAACGCCCACAGAGGCAUGGACGACCUUCUGGGCAGUGGCUCCAGCAUCCUCAAUGGUCUCCGAGACCAACGAGGAACACUAAAGGGUACCCAUAAGAAGAUGCUGGACGUAGCGAACAUGCUGGGUCUCUCCAACACGGUGAUGCGGCUAAUUGAGAAGAGGGCGUCGCAGGACAAGUUCAUUAUGGUGGGCGGAAUGCUGCUGACCUGUGUUGUGAUGUUCCUGGUAUACAAAUACCUGGCCUGACCUCUGGCAUCUCACAUGACACUUGUUGACCCUGGAUCAUGACCACAGAUACAAACACUCCUGGUUAUGGCCCUGACUCCAUGGUUAAAAGGCCAUUGUGCCCAUUUAGCCCCUGGAACAUGGAUUUGAGGAGUUCAAACUGGGUUUAAUUGGAACAUUUAAUUGACACAGUUCCUUGAACUUCCUUCAGUGUGGAGCAAGAGGACCUGCAGUUUAGCGUCAGUGACUGAAUCUCUGAAUUCUUACUUUCUCCCUUGUGCUAUUUUCCUCCUUUCUUUCUUUUUCUUGUCCUCUUCUUGAUCUCAUUUCUUCCCCUCUCUCUUUCUUCUCUACUCAUCUCUUAAUACUGCAUAACAGAACGGUGCUGCCAGGCAAAUGUUCUGGCCCAUGGUAAAACUCUGAUGAUCAAGGAACUGAACCUGCCAAGCCAGCCAAUGUAAAUGAAUGACAUGACUAAAACAUCCUGAAGAAACGCCAACCCCUUAUCCCCAUCCCUACCCCCCUCACCUUCCCCCUCACCCAUGGUCCACACAGGCUGAGCCAAAUGUCAUUCUUCCCAGGAGUAGAGGAGGCAGGAGUACAAACUUUAUUCAAUAGUUGUUCUGUACACCAACUGGGAAAUUAAAGGACCACAUAACUCUUCUGUUGAUAACACACAGAAACGACAGCCCUCUCUGUGUAAUAAUGUCAGAUUUCAGCUGCCAUGGGUGUAUUGUAAUGGUUUUGCAAGCCCUGCAAUGAGGACUAAGGGGACAGUGUUGUAAUUUAAAGGAUGAACAUUUGCUCACCUACUUUCUAUUGUCUGAUUUAGCUUCUUGUGAUUCAGCAGCCCCUAACAAGUGCUUCAACCCCCAAGGGUCAUUUGGUUUGUUUAUAAUAAACAGUAGCCUUCCCUGUG